AUGGAACAAUCUCCUUUUCACUGCAAGAGGAAAUUACACAAACCAAUGUAUCUUCUGAUUUGCAACCUUGCUGUUGUUGAUAUAGUGUACACCUCCAGUGCCAGUUCCACAAUGAUUGGGGUUCUACUUGCUGGGGUUAAGACUAUAUCCUAUGUACCAUGCUUAAUUCAAAUGUUUGUUUUCCACUGGGGCGGGGUGAUGGAAAUGUUUGCUUUAGCGAAAAUGGGCAGCACUUGUUUGAGUCACUUGAUAGUGGUAACAUCUUAUUACUGUCCAUUAUUUAUCACUAUUGUCUUGACUAGGCUAGGUGUGGUAUUAACUCUUGAUGCUCGGCAAGGUUUAACGCUCGGGGCCAUGCUGGGUCCAUCUCUUUUAAAUCCUUUGGUGUAUUGUCUUAGGACAAAAGAGAUCAGAUGUAAGCUCUUCAAGGUAUUCAAAAAAGAUUUAACAUCUCAGUAG